ACAAAAUCCUUAGACCAGUUUGCGAGUUAAAUCACCAGCAUUAAAAAAGAGACCAGAAUUGCUUAAAAAUCCUUGCCACGAGGUGGACAUGACCCCAUCCCAUCGCUUGAGGUCAGAUCGCAGGCUGUCCAAUCCAACUCAGGCCCUCCAACCGCUCUCGCCCUCUCAAAUUUCGCCAUUCUCGCCAACCCCCCAGUUUUCUGAUGGCGGAUUUGCUAGGGUUUGCAGAAUCGCGGGACUGAUCACUCGUUUCCCCAUCUCCGAUAGCGAUUUCUUGGUCUUCUGAUCGUCCAAACGCGUGACUUUUCCAAAAGCGCGUUUCUAGAUUGAUUUCUGAGUGCUUUCCGUGUUCGGGAUUCCGACCAGGUGUUAGAAAGGCGUGACUUUUGCCAUCUUAGGGCUUCAAGAUCAUUAGAGGCUCCUCUCAUGCCUUUCUUGUGGAGAGAUCGUUACUCCCGUGGAAAAUUAGGGCUUGGAGCUGAAAAAUCGAAGCAAGACUGAAUCUUAAGAUUUGUUGUUAAGGUUUUCGAUUGAUUCUUGAAUUCUUCCUCUUGUUCUGAAUCAGUUUCCGGUUAAAACACGAUGCCACCGGUUGUUUCGCCGUUGAAGGCUUUGGCAAGGUUAUCAUCGCGUGGACAGCAUGGUUUGGGGCCCAAUAAAUAUGGAUUGGCAUCGUGGAGGAGAUGCGUGGAGGGUGGGAGGAGAUUGGAGCGAUUUGCUCCCACUCGAAGCCUGAGAAGCGUGGUUCGAUUGGGUAAUCCAUGCAUCGAUAAAUUGGUCGAUGCUGAUAAAGUGUUUUGUAAUUCUUUCCGGGAUUCUUACAGUAGCGCUCAAACCAGGUGGUUUCUUGGAUGCGGAGAUGGGGAGGAAGGAAAUGUACUUUCAAAAACUCAUGAGGAGAGGCGUGUGAUGGGGUACUCACCAGAACAGUUGUUUGGAGUGGUGGCAGCUGUUGACUUAUAUGAAGAUUUUCUUCCAUGGUGUCAGCAUUCUAGGAUUAUUAGACGGAAUAAUGACGGGUCUUUUGAUGCUGAGCUGGAGAUUGGUUUCAAGUUUUUGGUUGAGAGUUACAUCUCUCAUGUAGAACUGGAGAAGCCAAAAUCUAUUAAGACAACUGUGUCAGAAAGUGGUCUUUUUGAAUAUUUGAUUAACAUUUGGGAGUUUAAUCCUGGCCCUGUUCCAGGAAGUUGUGACCUUUACUUCUUGGUAGACUUCAAGUUUCAGUCACCUCUAUAUCGGCAGAAACCUUUUUCUUGUAUUAAGCAUGCCAAAGAGAUGCAUUGGUGCUGAACUUGAUACCUAUUUUUUUCCCCAACCAAACAAGCCCUAGAAAUUCUCCAUAUUUGAAAUUCUGUAAACAUCAAACCAAAGAAAACCACGAGACCCAACCGUAAUUGUUUUCAACAAUGUUAUGUACUUCAAGUGUUUGCUUAUACAUGGACUGGACUUCAGAAAGUUUAGCUCACUAUGGGAAUCAAUACCCUUCUGCCACCCCUUUUUCCUUUUCAAGUGUCCACUAUUUUCUUUUCCUGCAUCUUCAAGCUGCAAAUUUACUUGAUACCUCAUGGUGUCAGACUGCUAUGGGCUUUUGUGCUUAACAUUUGAAUGAUUUAAUAUCUGACAAUCAGUCACUCACUAAGAAAAUUUUUUCCUUAUUUGGUUUGUCAACUUUGCCACCCUACAUAUGAGGCCUCAUUAUAUCCAGUGUAAUCACAGGUCUAGUUAAUAUUACAUGUAUACAUGACAUUUAGUAGUGACCUAUCGAAGUAUAUCUUUGCAUUGCUUUGGUUUACCAAUUAAGCUUAUAUUUGUCUCUUUGGCUUAUAUCUUGUGACCAAGAGAUGAAACCAUGCAUUCUUGGUUUCUCAUGUUUAUCUAUCCUAGUCUAGGCUCUAUAGAGUUGCUUCUUUGAUUUUACAGUUUUAGAUUUUGUAAGUAAUUUUAUAGUCAUAACCAAUUUGGUAGUCUUCCUACUUGCCAACACGUGUUCUAGGUCUCAUGAUAUCCUUAAUAAAUUGAGUUACCCUCACCAUCCUGGUGGGUUACCCUCCUUCUCAAGA